AUGCAUGAGCUAUUGGUUUUGUUCAUUUUACAAUAAAAUUGCUUAUUAUUGAAUAAAGGUUUAUAUACUAAUGUAAUUAAAUAUAUUAGCAUAACAAACAAAAGAAAAGAAAAAAUUUAUAUUAAAUAUUAUUUUUAAAUAAGAUAAAACACAAAUAAAUAAAAAGCCAGAAGAAAGAAAAAAAUUAAUAAAAUGCAUCCAAAUUAAGAGCAAGAAAAGUAUGGAAUGCAAGCAAAUCGCAUGAACCCAACUGCUGGAAACAUGGUAGACUAAAGCAAACAGGAUAUUAUGUAUCAGAAUAAUUUUAAUGGAGGAAAUAAUCCUAAUGAAAUGAACUAUUAUAGGAAUAAUUAGCUUCAAUAGCAGAAUUUUAUUGAAAAUAAUAAUAACAUGUAUGCUGCAAAUAACAUAAAUAUGGUUAAAAAUUAAAUGUUGAAUUAACAGUAGGUAAUGCCGCCUUAGGGUUAAUAUAUCUAAGACCCAAACGCUUAGGUUAUUCAUUAGUAGUAAUAAUAUGAUGAUUAAAAUUAUUAUCCUAUGAAUGGAGUGAAUACUUAACAAAACUAGUAGCAUCAGUUUGUGAAUAUGCAAGGUGAUAUGCAAAAUCAAUAAAUAUUGAAAUAGGGAAAUGACUUUUAAUAAAUUUAAUAUAUGAUGGGUGGUGGAGAAGGUGUAUAAAUAGAUCAUCAAUAUACUAUGUACAAUUAACUCUAAAAUCAUUAGUUUGACUAAAAUUAUGGUAUGAACAACGAUUUAAAGCCUGCUACUGUCAAUUCUUAAUAUCCUUAAAUAGGGAAUCCAAACUAUUAGUCAGCCUAGUUUUACUAGAAGCAGUAGCAUUUAAAUACUUUAUAGGAAUAAAACCAAAAAUAGAAUAAUUAAGAAGUAAAACUCAAACAACAACCAAAUAGCGACACCGAAGAUCCCUAUUUUAACUCUAUAUUCAUAUUCUAGAAUAGGUUUGAUGUUCCCAAGAAAUAUUAGCUUCUUGUCCCUAUAGGCAUAGGAGGUUAUGGAGUUGUUGCUAAAGCAUUUGAUUAAGAGAAAUAAGAUUUUGUUGCUAUAAAAAAAAUAUUUAAGCCUUUCUUGAAUCCAUUAGAGACAAAAAGAAUUUUGAGAGAAAUUAAAAUAUUAAAAGCUUUAGAGCAUGAUAACAUUAUUAGUAUUAGAGAUGUUUUAUCACCUGUUCCUAAAGAAAAAUUAGAAGAUAUUUAUAUUAUUUCUUAACUUAUGGAUACUGAUUUACAUUAAAUUAUUGCUUCAGACUAAAUUCUUAGUGAAGAUCACAUAUAAUUUUUUAUUUAUUAAUUGCUAUGCGGUCUUAAAUACAUUCAUUCAGCAGGAGUAUUCCAUAGAGAUUUAAAACCAGGCAAUCUAUUAGUAAACUCAGACUGUGUGUUGAAGAUAUGUGAUUUUGGUCUUGCAAGAACUGUUGAUACAAAGGUUAAUGUCUUGGUUCUAAUGACAGAAUAUGUAGCUACGAGAUGGUAUAGAGCGCCUGAAUUGCUUUUAUCUUGGAAUAAGUACACAACUGCUAUAGAUAUGUGGGCUGUUGGUUGCAUUUUUAGCGAAUUAUACAUGAGAAAGCCUUUGUUGCCAGGAGAAAGUUACUUAAAUUAGCUCAUUUUAACUCUUAAUUUAACAGGUACUCCAUCUAAAGAAGAUUUAGAAAAUAUACAAAGUGAUAGAGCCAAAUAAUUCAUUAUAAGUUUAGGAAAUAAAGCUCCAAAAGAUCUUUCUAAAUUAAUACCAAAUGCCUCACCCUAGGCAAUUGAUCUUAUUAGCAAAAUGAUAGUCUUUAAUCCAGAUAAAAGAAUAAGUGCAGAAGAAGCUCUUAAACAUCCCUUCUUUGAAGGUAUUCGUGAAUCAGAAUUUGAAGUAGAAGCAAAAGUUAAAUUUGAUUUUGAUUUUGAAAGAGAAGAUAUUACAUUAGAUGAAUUGAAAGAUGCAAUUUAUCAAGAAAUGUUAAAGUUCCACCCAACUUUUGAUGAAAAUAACAAGGAAACAUACCACAUCCCUAUUAAAAGAGAUUCCGAUUUAUUUACACUUGAUUAUGAUGGUUCUAAAAUAUAUAUAGAUUAUAAGCUAGGAUAGAAUGAUUAGCCAUAAUAGGUAGUUUAAAAUAUCUAAUAAAUUAAUGAAAAGAUGGUUAAAGAUAUAAUAGGAGUAGAUGGAAAUGGUAAAAUGAUUUAGGACUAGCAAUUCAUAUAGAUGCCUUAUUAUAAUAACACUAUUUUUUCACCUUCAUAAGUGGAAUAGCAAAAUUAUUAGCACUAUUAACAAUAGUAGCAAUAGCUAUAUUAGUAGAAUUAUAACGUAUAAUAACAGUAGCACUAAACCGAUACAUAAAAUAUUGAAUACUAGCAACAAUAGUAAUAACCACAUUUACAGCACUAGGCUGUGUUUAACCAUGAAGGUGGUAAUUAAUAUAUGGAUAUUUAGCAGUAAUAAUAAUAAUAAUAGUAAUAGUAGUAAUAUAUGAUGAAUCAACAUUAUGUAGAUUAUAAUAACAAUAAUCAAGUUUUUAUCAAUCAGCAAUAAGAAAUUGAUCAAAAUGAUACAUAAAUGAGAGAAGAAUGA